UAGGGACAGUGCACCUCGCGGUUUCCCCUUCGUGCCGUUUCCGGUUGUUUACAGUUCGUUUUGGCGAAGCAUUUUUAGUGAAAGAAAAUGUUUGUGAUUUAAAGUUUGCACUCCAGAAGAGGAUGAAACGGAACAAACGCGGGCGCUUCGUGUCUUCCGCCAUGGCACAGAAGAUGGAAAGGCUGUCGGAGGCUCAGCGGCAGCGAUGGACCGGCGGCAGGCAGCGACGGGCUGAGGGAGAGGCGGAGCCAGCGGCCGCUGUCACGGUGCAAGCCGAGCCAGCGGCAACUCUUGUUAUGACCACCAGCUACUGCCGUCUGUGCCAUGGAAAGUUUUCCUCCAGGAGCCUACGUAAUGUUUUUGCAAAAGUUCCUCUGAUUGAAACAAGUCCAGAGAGACAGCGCAGAGCACAACAGACAUUCUGUGCUGAUUUUCAGAAGCUAGUUGGUGUUGUGGUGAGGCAGGAUCCCACUUUGCCACAGUAUAUCUGUAGGAACUGUCAUGCUCAGUUUUAUAAAUGUUGGACUAUCUUGAAAAACUUCAUUCAAAAAGUGAAUACUUCACCAGUAACUUCAGUACCACAUGGACAAAAGGCUAGCAGAUGUGUUGCAACAACUGAACCAUCAUCAACACAAUCACUUUCAAAAUCUCCAUUAAUCAAUUCUGUAUCUGGUGACUUUAAACGGAUGUUAAAUGAUGGUGUCUUAAUCGCAAGCCCACAGUGUCUACAAAUUUUGGUCACUUGGGCUCACCAUCACGGUAGCAGCUGUGGGUCCCAACCACAUGUACAGAGUGUCUUAUCUGCAGAGUAUCGAGGAGUGGUUGGAGCUGUCUGGGGCUGUCCAGAGGGCCACAGUUACAUCCUGGACAUGCAUUCAAAUCAUAAUAUUGUUUUGAAUGAGGGACAGUGCCCAUCCAAUAGAAAUAAAGACUCAAGGAAGGAAGUUCUUGGUAGUUCAAUAACCGUUUCACCUCAGAAUGGAACAGGUACUGCACAUGGUGAGGGUGAAAAUGUUGUGAAGCAUCAGUCUGUCCCAGUGUUAUUUUGGUCAUCAGACUUUCAGCCUUGCACAUUCAGUAGAGCUACUUCGCAGUCAAUGGAAGUGGAUAACUCAAAAUAUCCAUUGAAGAAGGAUAUGCCCUUGCUCUCAGAUCCUGAAUAUACAGAGUGCUCUUGGGAAAAAGUUCAGAUACAGGAUGCAAAUAGGCUAUUAAAUGCUAAAGAUCCAGUUAACUGCAAUGAAGCAUCUUGUUCUAUAACAGAUGGCGUUGUGGACGGAUUAGAGUCCAGUGAUCUUUCAGAUAGGUAUCUGUCAAGUGAGGAUGAUGGAGAAAUAAAAGUUAAGAAUGGUUCUUCAGAUGAGUCUUUUCAACCAUAUUGGGAGAAGAAUAAGUUACCAGUUAAGAAAUGCAGCACUAAGGAUGUGAAGAAAACACCUGGACAAAAACGUGGCCGGAAACCAAAAUCAAACUCAGAAAGGGAAGAUUUUCCCACCAUGUACCGAUGUCAAUAUAAGGGUUGCUGUGCAGUUUACAGAGGAGUUGAUGGACUUAAGAAACACAUAAAAGAGCAUCAUGAAGAGGUGCGUGAACGACCUUGUCCCCAUCCAGGAUGUAACAAGGUGUUUCUGAUUGAUCGCUAUCUGCAGCGCCAUGUAAAGCUGAUACAUACAGAAGAAAGAAACUACAUUUGUGAUGAAUGUGGACAGACUUUCAAACAGAGGAAGCAUCUGUCGGUUCACCAAAUGCGCCACUCUGGAGCAAAACCAUUACAGUGUGAAGUCUGUGGUUUCCAAUGCAGGCAGAGAGCAUCCCUGAAAUACCAUAUGACCAAGCACAAGGCAGAAGCUGAACUUGAUUUUGCUUGUGACCAGUGUGGGAAGCGGUUUGAGAAGGCCCACAAUUUAAAUGUUCAUAUGUCUAUGGUUCAUCCCUUGACUCAGAACACAGAUAAAAACAAACCAGUUGAAACUGAAUCAAGUCAGCUAAGUAUAGAAACAUUCAUUGAACAGGAACCCAGUUAACAAAUAUUCAUCA